GACGCGGCCGCCUUCCCCCCAGGAGCUUCGGAACUCCGGGAUGGAGGAGUGCCGGAGCCGCUGGAGGUCCCACGCAGAGGGGUCGCGGUCGCUGCAGGGGUGCCAGGAGCCAUGCUGUCGGAAGCCCUGCUGGUGUCUGCGCCGGGGAAAGUGAUCCUCCACGGAGAACACGCCGUGGUCCACGGCAAGGUAGCCCUAGCUGUGGCCUUGAACUUGAGAACAUUCCUCCGGCUUCAGCCCCACAGCCACGGGAAAGUGGGCCUCCACUUACCAAACCUUGGCAGCACGAGGGCCUGGGAUGUGGCCAGGCUCCAGCAGCUGGACACGAGCUUUCUGGAGCAAGGCGACGUCCCCACGCCCACCCCAGAGCAAGUGGAAAAGUUGAAGGAGGUGGCAGGCCUCUCUGCGGACGGAGCGGGGCCCGAGCACCUGGCCGUGCUAGCCUUCCUGUACCUGUACCUGUCCAUCUGCCGGAAGCACAGGGCCCUGCCGAGCCUGGAUGUCGUGGUAUGGUCGGAGCUGCCCACCGGUGCAGGCUUGGGCUCCAGCGCCGCGUACUCUGUGUGUCUGGCCGCCGCCCUGCUGACUGCGUGCGAGGAUAUCCCGAACCCACAGAAGGACGGGGCCCCCAGCAGCAGGUGGGCCAAGGAUGAUUUGGAACUAAUCAACAAAUGGGCCUUCCAGGGCGAAAGAGUGAUUCACGGGAACCCCUCUGGAGUGGACAACGCCGUCAGCACGUGGGGAGGAGCGCUGCGGUACCAACAAGGGAAGAUCUCAGCCUUGCAGAGGCCACCAGCUCUCCAGAUCCUGCUGACCAACACCAAGGUCCCACGCAGCACCAAAGCCCUCGUGGCCGGCGUCAGGAGCAGACUGCUCAAGUUCCCAGAGAUCGUGGCCCCGCUGCUGACCUCCAUAGAUGCCAUCUCCCUGGAAUGUGAGCGCGUGCUGGGAGACAUGGCCAUGGCCGCGACCCCGGAGCAGUACCUGGUGUUGGAAGAGCUCAUCGACAUGAACCAGCACCAUCUGAAUGCCCUCGGCGUGGGCCACGCCUCCCUGGACCGGCUCUGCCAGGUGACCAUGGCCCACGGGCUGCACAGCAAGCUCACUGGCGCGGGCGGCGGCGGCUGUGGCAUCACCCUCCUCAAGCCAGAUCUCGAACGGGCAGAGGUGGAGGCCACGAAGCAGGCCCUGACCGGCUGCGGGUUCGACUGCUGGGAGACCAGCAUCGGUGCCCCCGGAGUCUCCAUCCACUCAGCCGCCUCCCUGGCCGGCUCCGUGCGGCAAGCCCUGGGGGGCCUCUGAGACGAGCUGGUGGCACCGCGGUCCCACCGAGAAGCCCCUCCCUGGAUUAUUCUGGAGGCUGGAGUCGGCCUCUCUGCUGCUCUUGACAUGGACAGAGAGGC